UCGAGUCGAACAGCGUGAGAGUGGACAGAAACGACACCAACCAAACAAGGCAUGGAAAGAAACUGACGUUCCUCGUUGUGUUGUGCAGCCUGCAGCUUUCCUUUCACAAAAAUGUCUUGUUCCUUCUUCCAUGGCCGCAUCGUUUCCUUUCGAUGCGCACGAGGGUUCUUACUUCUCUUCUAAACUCGUAAUCUCAACCAUUUGCUUCCUUCUUCCCCUCUUUUUAAUUAUUAAAAAAAAUACCUUUUCUUUGCCCGAAAAUUACCUGAAGUUGAUCAAUUAAUUAAGAUUUAAUUCCUCCCCUUUUACCUUCCUCAAAGGUUCAAGCCCAAAGCUCUAUAAUGGCCGCCUCAACUCUUCCCUUCUCUGUCUAAUAUUUGCUUUCAUUUCCUUAUCCGUCUAUCUCGAGGCACAAUUGUUUGGAAUGGCAAAGGAUGAAGAUUCAGGCAGUCCCAGCUGGGCUUCUUCAUUUUUCACACAGACAACGGAGGAUGUGGCAAGAGCUGUUGCUGCUGCUGCAACUGUUGUUCAUUCCCCAAGGCCAUCUGUAAUAUUUUCAUCUAAAGAUGAUCAUAGUAAUGGCCAUAUUCAGAGGUUCCAGAAUCAUGUUUCAAAAUUAAUAAAAGGCUUCUCACGCACUUCUGAUGUUAAAGUUGCAAAUUACAAUCCUGAAGUCCUAACAAGUCAGAAGCGACAAUGGGCAGCAAACUUUCAGUUGCAGUACUUGGACCAUAGGUCUUGGAAGGAGCCAACGCGGCUGUUUGAAAGCAUGGUAGUUGUGGGACUUCAUCCUAAUUGUGAUAUUCAGGCACUGCAGAGGCAAUAUGUUCAAAGAAAGUCUGAAGGUUCGGGUAAAUUUAGAAGUGCACUUGGCCAUCAGAAUCAAUCCCGUGUAGAACCCAGCUUUGAGCCUCAGGUUUUUACACAUGUCUUAUUUGUUUACCCUCCAGAAAAACAUCUGCCUCUUAAAUACAAGGAUCUCGUCUCUUUUUGCUUUCCUGGAGGCCUGGAGGUUCGUGCUGUUGAGAGAACCCCUUCCAUGAGUGAGCUGAACGAAAUUCUUCUUGGGCAGGAGCACCUUAAACAAAGUGAUCUGUCUUUUGUAUUCAGGCUACAGGGCGCUGAUAAUUCAACACUUUAUGGAUGCUGUGUUUUGGUUGAAGAAUUAGUACAAAAGCCCUCGGGAUUGCUUUCACUGAUUUCUGAUAAGAACCCAUCAUCGUCUUUGAGACGUCAUAUACUAACCACUCAGAGAUGUUAUUGCAUUCUUUCAAGGCUCCCAUUUUUCGAAUUGCACUUUGGUGUAUUGAAUAGUAUCUUCACCCAAGAAAGGCUAGAGCGGUUGACAAGAAGUAUUGGAGAUUUAAAUUUAGAAUUCGUUGAAGGCAACUAUGAGGAGGAACUCCCAGAGGGCAAUCCUGAGAGUGGUUUGGUGAAUGCUAGACCAACUGAAGACAGAUCUGAUGGAAUGGUGGUGAUCCCUGACUCAAGCUCAAGAAAUUCCACACCUGAAAGCGUUUUGGGUGACGAUAAUAGCUCAGAGAACCAAAUGGCUAAUGGGAAAUUGCAGAAAUUGAAGGAGAGUGCCGGUGAUGACAUUGUUGUACCAGUGGAUCCUGAAAGUGAGCAGACAACUGGUAAAGGAGAACCUGGCACGGCAAGUUCUGAGGAUAGUGAUUUAUAUGGAGAUGCUUAUGCAGCAAACAAGCAAUCAGAAGAUAGGCGUUUCCCAAAUGCUAUUCUGCCACUAUUGCGCUGUAGCCAGUAUGAAAGCUCUGAGUCUUCCUGCAGUUUCCAAGGUUCACCUUGUGAAGACAGAAAUUUUAGGAGUGAUAUUGAUGAUACUGAAACAGAAGAGGCUUCUAUUUCUGGCCAAGAAGAUUUAAAUGAUCUCCUAGAUAUUCUUGAAUGGGCCAAGGAAAAUAACAAUGGGCCAUUACAGAUUUUAAGUGAGUAUUAUCGUUUAGGUUGCCCCGUAAGGGGUUCAUCACUUAGGUUUCAUCCAUUGGAGCACCUUCAUCCCUUGGAAUAUCAUAGACAAGAUGAGACUGUUCUUCACCUGGCUGGUUCAACUUUUGAUUUGAAAUCUUUCAAAACAGGUCUGGAAUGGGCUGAGGCACAAAAUGCACUUCUUGCAGAGGAGGAGGCAACUGCAUUAUCUAUAUGGGCUGUAGCUUGCAUAUGUGGUACCUUAAGACUUGAAAAUGUUUUAGCAUUUUUUGCCGGAGCUCUGUUGGAGAAGCAGAUAGUAGUUGUCUGUUCUAACUUGGGUAUCUUAUCUGCUUUAGUCUUAUCAAUUAUUCCUCUAAUUCGCCCGUACCAGUGGCAAAGCCUACUGAUGCCGGUUUUACCUAAUGAUAUGCUGGAGUUUUUGGAUGCACCUGUUCCGUAUGUAGUUGGUGUCAAGCACAAGACAAAUGAAUUACAGUCAAAGUUAACCAAUGUUGUGCUGGUUGAUGCCAACAGAAACCAGGUGAAGUCACCAACAAUGCCGCAACUGCCACGACAGAAAGAACUAUUCUCUGCUUUACGUCCUUACCAUGCAAAACUUGUUGGGGAAAGUUACUUGGCUAGAAAAAGGCCAGUGUAUGAGUGCACUGAAGUGCAGGUUGCAGCUGCCAAGGGGUUUCUAUCAGUGUUGAGAUCUUACUUGGAUUCUCUUUGCUGUAACAUUCGAUCUCACACAAUCACUAAUGUACAGUCUAAUGAUGAUAAGGUAUCCUUGCUUUUGAAGGAAAGUUUCAUUGAUUCGUUUGCAUAUCGUGAUCAGCCUUUCAUGAAGUUCUUCGUAGAUACACAGCUAUUUUCUGUCCAUACAGAUCUUGUUCUCUCUUUCUUCCAAAAAGAAUAGGGCUGCCUGCCAAGCUAAAACUUAUUGGAGCAGUAUGGUCUUGUUGCAGAGUAUAAACAUAAGUUAAUCAUUGUAUAAUUUUUCUUAAAUUUAUGAAUGGGUUUAAUUUGUAUAAUUUUUCUUGUUCUCUCCCUCAUGUGUUCCUAGUUAUAUAUAUAUAUAUAUAUAUAUAUGAUGUGAAAGCUCUAAAUUUUUACAAGGGGUUUCAUUUUAUGUGUAUGCGACAAUUUUCCCAGCACUAUCUGUGGAGUGUAUCAUGCCAAAUAUAAAUAUUUCCUCCAAAUUUUCAUUUUUUAA